ACCUUUUUCUCGUGCUACACAUAACGAACCUUCUCAUCAUCAUUCACCUGCCAGAUUCCAAUAAUAAUUCUUCCAUAUCAAUCAUUCUGCUACAGAUGUAAGUAAUGAAGAUGUCGAUGGAUCUGUAGGCGAACUUAUUCGAACUUUUCUAUGCAUUUGCAGCACUGCCACCGUUGCUCUUGCUGCUGAAGGAAUCUAAUAUACCCUGAAGAGCAAUCAACAUUUAAAAAGAAAAAAAUCAUCCUACAUUACAAGAUACAAUGUCUACAAACAAUAGUUCUGGAGUCGACGAUGACAUAUCUAACGAACGUAAAAUCAAAACCCGUGUUAAUCUGCAUAUCGAAACCUCUCGAAGGGGAUUUCUAACCGAUGGGGAUAUCCAAACUGCAAGUGACGGUAGUCUAACAAACAGAACCUCGAGUUUCCUUCCAUUCGGUAAUUUAGGUACGCCAACCGCACAUUUCCAACGAAUUGCCCAACAAAAAGAUGAGUUCUCACGCAAGGUACCUUCCAGCACAAGUCAAAAGAUCCGCGAUCGUCUAUCGAGAGUCUUCUCUAAGAAAAUCGAAUGGGUGUCGCUUCAAACAAUGGCGAAAGAGUGGAUACGAAACCCGAUGAAUAUGGUUCUGUUAAUCUGGAUUAUAUGUGUUGCAGUCUCCGGUGCGAUACUCUUCCUUGUAAUGACGGGAAUGUUAAACCACGCGCUACCGAGAAAAACUCAAAGAGACGCUUGGUUUGAAGUCAACAAUCAAAUCCUAAACGCACUGUUUACGCUCAUGUGUUUAUACCAACACCCGCAACGUCUUUAUCACCUUGUACUUUUGUUAAGAUGGCGAUCAGAAGACGUUACGAAGUUAAGAAAAAUAUACUGUAAAGACGGAACGUAUAAACCGCACGAAUGGGCACACAUGUUGGUUGUUAUCUUGCUACUUAACCUUAAUUGUCUUGCACAGUACGCUUUAUGCGGUUUAAACGUUGGUUACAAACGAUCCGAAAGACCCGCAAUCGGGGUCGCGAUAACUAUCUCCGUAGCAAUCGGGGCACCUGCGAUUGCCGGUGUGUAUUGUGUCGUUAGCCCACUCGGUAAAGAUUAUGUUACAGCUUCUGAUGAAGAAUCACAACUUAAACAAGAUAAUGUUAGUAAUAGUCAACCAAGUCAACAAAGGAUCAAAUCGUUUGAACGGAGAUUCUCAUUCACCCCACGAGAUGAAAGAGCAAGCGAAACUAGUCCGAAAUGGAGUGGGGGUAUAUUCGACUUUUGGGAAGAUAUCUCGUUAGCGUAUCUCUCGUUAUUUUGUAGCUUUUGUGUUUUCGGAUGGAAUAUGGAGAGACUCGGGUUUGGAAACAUGUACGUUCAUAUCGCAACGUUUCUUCUGUUUUGUUUGGCGCCUUUUUGGAUAUUUAAUCUGGCUGCUAUUAAUAUCGACAACGAGACUGCACGAGAAGCGUUAGGGGUUACAGGGAUAUUUCUGUGUUUAUUCGGUUUGCUUUACGGCGGGUUUUGGAGAAUUCAAAUGAGAAAAAGAUUUAAUUUACCUCCGUCUGAUUCAUGUUGUGGUAAACCGGCUGUUACCGAUUGUGCGUUGUGGCUUUUCUGUUGCUGGUGUUCGCUUGCUCAAGAGGUCCGAACGGGAAAUUCGUAUGAUAUUAAAGAAGAUAAGUUUUAUAACAAAUCAAGUGGUGAAAAUAAUCAGAUUUCUGUAUCGGCUUUACCACACGAAGAAGAAUUUGGUUUCGAAUCCGGACCAAAAUCUCCACUUCAAAACACUUCAUUGACACCCUAUACAUCCAACUCUCCUAGUCCUAGCCGGUUUUCGAAACAACAUCAGGGUGUUGAAGAAAAUUCUCUUUCGAGAAGUAACGAUGUAACUCUAGAACCGCCUGUUCCAUCUGUUAUACAUAGAGAAGAUAAUUGAGGAAAAAGAAUUAAAAAAAAUCUAAUUUGUAUGAUAUAAUUGUAAGGCGUAAUGACUAACUCUAUCUCCCCUGUAUUUGAUUUUUCUAUUUUUCCAUUUCAUGUAAAGUUCUUUAUUUUCUUUCGUUUGUUUCAGUGUUCUACUUACAAAGUUUUAAUGAUGUCGAGUUUCAACAA